AUGGCUGCUAGGAUUUCGGACAUGAUAGAUUUUGUAUGGAAGUCUCCAAAACCACCUGCUGGAACCAAGAAGCGCUUUCUCGACAGAACACUCCCAGAAAACUUCAAGUACUUUAGAAACUGGGGUUUCACAAUCUACCGCACAUACUACGGUCCCGAAUCAGAUGAGCACUGGAACACACUUCUCCAAGUCUUGACGCAGCAAACUCGCCUUGCACUCGGCUAUCACGCAAGAGACGAAGUCCGCGAGGAUGAUAAGCGAUGGGGUUUUCGUCCUCAUAAUGAUGUGGACGCUUAUCUGGAUAAGAUAGAGAUCAUGAAAAAGCUUUUCCGUCUCUUUCCUCGAGAGGAUCCAGACUUACUUGCUGGUCUCGAUAUCGCAGGCAUACGGAAACUCUGCCUGGAGGAAGGAGAGCAGGCCGAAAGUGAGAAGAACAUGGUAGGGACCUGCUUGAACUUUGUGCUUGUUGCGGAUGAGGGAGUCCUGAAGGGUAUUGCAAACAACAACUUUGUUGUCAAGGCAGUUGGCUACGACUGGUCCCCAAUUCAGCAUGCUGGGAGCUGGGGUUGGAUCAGGCUUGCGACAGGUGAUUUGCUACAGCUUUGGGAAAUGCUUUAUAUUGCGUAUGAGCUUAAUAUUAGCAAAUAUUUUGAGCUUAAAUUCCGAGGCCCAGAGGAGGAUCUUGAGAAGCAUGUUUGGUUUGGGGCUGGAUCUCUACCACCUUUGGGAGACUGCUCUCGUGUCCAGAUUGCGUGCGAAGACGGUAAAAGUGGCCGGUUCAAGUUUGAUCCUUAG